AUGGAGACGUUCAAGGGCAACAACGAUGUGUCUCGACUCAAAGGCAAAGUAUGCCUGGUCACAGGAGGAGCUUCUGGAAUCGGACUAGCCACUGUGCAGCACUGGGCCGCUGCUGGUGCCCUGGUUACCAUCGCAGAUUUACGUACUGAGGAGAAAGGCUGUGCUCUCGCUCAAGACAUUUCUGACGAAACUGGAGGCAAUGUGAAUUACGUUCGAUGCGAUGUAACAGAUUGGGACAGCCAGAUCAACGCUUUUCGAAGUGCUGUUACUUUUGGUGCAAAGGAGGAGCUCGAUGUCGUUGCGACUUUCGCCGGGACAGCUUUUGCUGCGGAAAAUGUCGUCGAUCAGGUGUUGCGAGCUGGUGAGCCUAGCUUGGAAUCAAAGCUUGCUCCACCAGAUGUUCGAAACAUUGACAUCAAUCUCAAAGGAGUAUACUACAGUACCUGGCUCGCUCUCUAUUACAUGCGCAUGAAGCCGGGUGCUCGGAAUUCUCCAUCGAUCCAGGACGGAAUCAACACAGUACCAUUGGCAGAGAAAUCACUCGUCAUGGUCUCCUCCAUCGCAGGCUACUUCGACUCUCCUAAGACUGCGACAUAUCCCGCAAGCAAGUUCGGAGUAAGAGGUCUGUUCCGCGCCACUCGAGCCAGGACUCUCGACAUUGGUGUCAGGUGUAAUCUAUUGGCUCCUUGGUUCGUUGACACACCACUUGUUGCUCCCAUCAAGAAUGGUAUGGCAGCUCGAGGCAUUGAUAUUGGCAGAGUGCUGUCUUUCGCGAGCAUUGAAUCAUGUGUUGAAGCAGCUACUUUUUGUGCUGUUGACACCGAAUUGCAUGGGCGUGCUCUAGCAAUUCAACCAGAAGGUAUCUUCGAUCUGAAGGAUGACUUUGAGCAUGGUUGGGCAGGAGAUCAGUUGAGGCCGAUCAUUCAACGCAGACGUGAUGCUGGGUUUAAAGCAUGA